UAAAGUGCAGUGAGAAAAUUAACGUUGCUCUCGUCGGUCGGCGGCACACAAAACUCUGGCAAAAGAAUACAAAUUUUUCUUCGCAAAUUUUCGGUAUUAUUUUAAUUUUGUUUCCCCUUUUUCCACAUUUAUUUCCCGCAACCGAGGCAGUUUUUGAAUCGCGGUUUGUGUUUCGGUGAAUUGUGAUUGGAAAACAUUUUCGAGGUUGCACUGCUGACGGGACACACAACAAAAACAUGGCUGGAAACGGAACUCUCGAAGGGACCCUCAGCAAAUGGACAAACGUGAUGAAAGGAUGGCAAUAUCGAUUCUUUGUGUUGGAUGAGAAUCCUGGCUUGUUGUCCUAUUACACGUCCAAGGAAAAAAUGAUGAAAGGAGCACGACGCGGUUGUGUCCGACUUAAAGAUGCUGUUAUUGGAAUUGAUGAUCAGGAGGAUAAUACCUUUACCAUUACUGUGGAUCAUAAGACAUUUCAUUUUCAGGCACAGCAUAGCGACGAACGUGAAAAGUGGGUAAGGCGUCUCGAGGAUACAAUACGACGUCAUGCGAAUCGUAAUCGCAUGUGGGACUCUCAAAGCACUUUCUACUUGGGUGGUUACUCUAACAAGGACCUUAGUAAACGAGCUAAUCAUUUGGAAAUAUUAGACCGUCGUAUCAGUGAAGCAGAUGCCUACUUGCAACUGAUGAUUGAACAGAUAAAUAAAAUCGAAAAACGAAUCGCAGAUAUAACUGAUCUGGAGGAGAAGACAAAGUGCAAGCUGCUGCAGGAUAACGCUAAUGAAAUGCUCGACCAUAUCAAACACUCAAUAGUCACAUUGCAAAUUGCCAAAAAUAUGGCACACCCAAUUAACGGUAUCUACAACGGUCCGGUGACUAGCAGCAAUAACAGUACAAAGACAGAAAGUAUCAACGAUGAUGACUAUGAGGAUGGGAUUCUGCCACCAGUGGGAAGUGGUUCUAUUCAAUCUGGCAUAGAAUUUGGCUCUGAAUGCAAUGAAGCGAAUCGCUUGAAGACUCGAUCCUCAAUUUCAGAUGUGAACAGUAAAAUUCUAACACUUGCAGUACCAGAAACAUCAUAUUCAAGUUCUGAAGGUGAAGAUGAUUUCUAUGAUGCCAAUGACGAUCCCUUUACAAGUCAAGGCAAUUCUCCCAUGAGCUGUGCGACUAGAGGUUUUUCCAUAGAAACCUCUCCCACGCAAGAAACAUCACCGCCCAUACCGCCUGUAGUGUCGAGUGCGACUGGUUCCAUUAGCAACGAUGCAAAUUCCACAGGACUGCCAGUGCCCUCGGAGAGUGAAGAAUACUCGACUGCAUCGUCAUUUGACAAAGAGUCUGUAACACAAAAUGAAAGGCGUAUCACUCCACCAGCCGAGGCACGAGGUGCAGCUGUUCCGUUGCGCACCGAUGGCAGUAUUGAUUAUGAUGCACUUUACGAGGAGGAAGAAGACACUAGCAUUUCUAUGGAAUCGCACGGGUCAAUGGUGUCGCAUAUAUUGUCGCAGGUUAAAAUUGGAAUGGACUUAACAAAAGUGGUGCUUCCAACGUUUAUUUUGGAAAGAAGAUCUCUGUUAGAAAUGUACGCCGAUUAUUUUGCUCAUCCAGAUUUGUUUUUAAAAAUCGCUGAAUUAGAAGAUCCUCGAGAUCGAAUUGUUCAAGUCACAAGAUGGUAUUUGAGUGCUUAUCAUGCUGGACGAAAGAGCUCUGUUGCCAAAAAGCCCUACAACCCCAUUUUGGGAGAAGUGUUUCAGUGCCAUUGGGACAUUCCUGGUGAAAAGCCCGAUAAUGAAGAGGUCAAAGAUGGACCCAUACCAUGGUGCAAACGUAACCAAUUAACCUUCCUUGCCGAACAGGUCUCACAUCAUCCUCCAAUUUCUGCAUUUUAUGCGGAACAUUAUAAUAGAAAAAUCACAUUUGCCGCCCACGUCUGGACAAAAUCAAAAUUCCUUGGUUUAUCGAUUGGUGUACACAAUAUAGGCGAAGGAAUCGUAACACUAUGUGACCUUAAUGAAGAGUACAUUCUAACAUUUCCCAAUGGUUACGGAAGAUCAAUCCUAACUGUGCCGUGGAUCGAGUUGGGUGGAUCGGUUGAAAUCAAAUGUCCUCAAACUGGUUACCAUACGGAAAUAGAAUUUGUAACAAAACCAUUUUAUGGUGGAAAACGUAACAAAGUCACUGCGGAGAUCUACGCUCCUAACGAAAAGAAAUCCUUUGUCUCGAUCGCUGGCGAAUGGAGUGGUCUUAUGGAAGCUAAAUGGCACGAUCCCACAAAAAACAAAACUGAAGUAUUCGUUGACGUAAACCGAAUUCCAAUAUUUAAGAAACAAGUUCGACCAAUCGUUGAACAGGAAGAAUACGAAUCAAGGCGAAUUUGGAAAGAAGUUACAGCGGGACUCAAAUUCAAUGACAUUGACCGUGCGACAAAUGCUAAAUCGCAGGUAGAACAAAAACAGCGUGAAGAAGCAAAAACACGCAAAGAGACUGAAAGUGUGUGGGAAAACAAAUAUUUCAAACCGGUUGGAGAAAAUUGGAUCUACACAAGACCACUUAGCCAACGUUUGUACCUCCAAGAGAAGGAAAACAAGAGAUAAUAACAACAAUUUAGCAACAAUAGCGACUACAAACAACCUAACCAGCCAAGUAGAAUGUAAAAAUUAUAAACUAUCAUAUCACGGAAUAACGGUAGAUGGUAAACGGUCCCUUAAGCUUGUAAGGCUUGACAAAUAAUAAAAUUAAAAAAAAAGAAAACAAAACACAAUACAUAAGCAUAAGCAGAAACCGGGAUGCAAAAAUAUAUAUAUAUAUUAAAACGAAUAAGGAGAAGUAAAAGAAGAUAAUCUAAAAAAGAAAGUUAUUAAUUAUAAACAAAAAAUACAUACAUAUAUAGUAUAUUUAAAUAUAUUUUAAUAAGACUUCUUGCAUUAAAAACGAAGAGAAAAAAGAAAAGAUUAUUAUUAUUGAUGCUAUAAUUACAAUAUUUUUAGUGAUAUACACAUAAAGUAUAAAACAGGAUAGCAACUAAUUAAGAUAAAAACAAAAAUAAUGUUAUGUUUUUUUAUUAUUUUUAUAAUGCACUUGUUAUUGCACAGUCUUUAGAAGAAAAAGAAGAAAUUUCAAAAACUUUAUCGUUAUAUUUCAGGGCAAAUACACUUUAAGUUUAUCAAAGCUGAUAUAAAUUAGUUACAUUUUUUUCUACACAACAAGUUAACUUUCCUUCCUCGAAGCUACUUUAUUAACAUAGCUUAAAUCAUGGGUUAUGGUAGGAUUUUUUGUAUUUAGUUAUUUAAGACUUGAUUUGUUUACUUUAAAAAUUAUUCUUUUACUUUUAAACACCGACAAUCGUAAACAUAGUUUGUUCUAUACUUAUUUCAUCAUAUAAGAACAUAUUUAAGUUGAUUCAGUCAGUUGUGGGAUGGAACGUCCUCUAAAGACUUAAAA